AUGGCGGGGCAGAACCUCUCCUUCAUUCUCGAGGGCAUCCAUCAGGUCAAGUACGAGGACCGCCCAGUCCCCGACUUGAAGAACCCCCAUGAUGUACUCAUCAACGUCAAGUACACUGGGAUCUGUGGCAGCGAUGUACACUAUUGGGAGCACGGUGCUAUUGGCCAAUUCGUCGUCAAGGACCCCAUGGUUCUCGGGCACGAGUCGGCCGGCAUUAUCAGCCAGGUCGGGUCCGCAGUCACCACCCUAAAGGUCGGCGACCGCGUCGCCAUGGAGCCCGGCAUCUCCUGCCGCCGGUGCGAGCCCUGCAAGGCGGGCAAGUACAACCUCUGCGAGAACAUGGCUUUUGCAGCUACUCCGCCUUAUGAUGGCACGCUAGCCAAGUAUUAUGUGCUGCCCGAGGAUUUCUGCUAUAAGCUUCCCGAUCAUCUGUCUCUGCAGGAGGGAGCUCUGAUGGAGCCUCUGAGCGUGGCUGUGCAUAUCGUCCGGCAGGCCUGCGUGAGCCCCGGCCAAUCGGUCGUGGUGUUCGGCGCCGGCCCCGUGGGCUUGCUCUGCUGCGCGGUGGCGACGGCAUUUGGGGCGUCUAAGGUGAUAGCGGUGGAUAUCCAACAGCCUCGCCUAGACUUUGCCAAGCAGUAUGCGGUGACAGCGACGUUUCUGCCGGGCAAAGUAUCGGCAAUGAUGAACGCUGAUCGGCUGAAGGAAGAGAAUGGACUGGGUGCUGGUGCGGAUGUGGCGAUCGAUGCUUCGGGUGCGGAACCCUCGGUGCAUACGGGUAUCCACGUCCUGCGAAAUGGCGGCACGUAUGUGCAGGGCGGUAUGGGCCGGAGCGAAAUCCAGUUUCCGAUCAUGGCGGCUUGCUCCAAGGAGUUGAACAUCAAGGGCAGCUUCAGAUAUGGAAGCGGGGACUACAAGCUGGCAGUUGGCUUGGUCUCCUCGGGCAAGGUGGAUGUGAAGAAGUUGAUCACUGGCACCGUCAAAUUUGAGGAGGCUGAGCAGGCGUUUAAGGAGGUCAAGGCCGGAAAGGGCAUUAAGACUCUCAUCGCCGGCAUCGAC